UCUGCAGAUUGUUAGCAGGUUAGCAUAGUGUACUUCUGUUUAAGCAGAUCACAGAAGAAAAAUAGGAUUGAAAGUUUACUUACAAUGUUUUGUUAGGCUAAGAAAAAUGUAGAAUAUUCUUGCUAACCGCACAUCAAUGCAGUAUCCACAGUUUCAGUGCAUUCUGGAUUUAAUUUAAAAUGUCAGGGAUCUUGGAUCAGAGAAUUCUGUUGCUUUUGUUUUCUAUAAUUUCAUUUUCAGCAAGUGUGCAGAGUACAAAGGUACUUUCGGAAUGGAAGAAAUGUGGUGAUCCGGAAUGUGAGAAGGCAAUGAGUCGAGUUCAAGCUACUACUGACUACUUAGGGCCUGACUGCCGGUAUCUCAACUUCAAAACAGGGGAGGAGAUCAUGGUAUACUCCAAACUUUCAAGGGAAAAUGAAAACUUGUGGGCAGGAAGUAAAGGAAAGGAUUUUGGAUAUUUCCCAAGAGAUGCUGUGAAGUUUGAGGAAGUUUUAAUUGAAGAAGAAGUUGAAGUGCUCACUAAGGAAACUGAUUUCCUUUGUCUUCAUGAGGAUAAGUACACUUUUGAAAAUGAAGAUAACACAUUAUAUGGUCAUAACAAAGAAAGUGAAUAUUCAUUGUCUGAUACAGAAAAAAAGCUGCAUGAAAAUGAACUCUUAAAAUAUACAAGAGACUCCAUACAAAAUGAAGAAAGACCUGAAUCAGUUUCUGAAAAUGACUCAGAGGAAUCUCACACUCAGGAGUCUGUAAACAAAAAGUUGGUUAGAAAAGAUGAUACUGAAGAGCCACAAAUGCAAAACAGUCUCCCACUAGAACCUGCUCAAACUCAGUCCAGUUGGAUUUCAGGAUGGUUCGCCACAGAAAGUGAAAAUGAUGAAGAGCUCUUAAAAGGCGUUACUGAAUCUUCUGAAGAAAAUGAACACCAAGACAAAAAAGUAGAGGUAACAGCUGAAAAUGACUUACAGGAGCCAAAUGAUAAGGAGGAACAAGAACCCUCAGCAUCUGGUUGGUUUCAAGGUGGACUGACRAACUUUCUGUAUUUUGGUGAAAAGAAUGAAGAGGUUGAUUUGGCAACAGAAAAWAUUGAUCCACAAAUCCAUGAUGUUUCUGGUGUGCCAGAGCAUUCUAAUAUGGAACAGGAAACAACAGUCACCGGGAUGUUGCCAGAAGGAGAAAAAAGUGAAAGCCAAGAAUCUGAAUCAAAUUGGUUUAAUUUGGGUUUAAGUGAUGUUCUUAAUUUUGGCCAUGCUGAGGAAGCUACAAUUGCUACAGAGGACCAGAAAAGCAGAGAAACAAAGGAUCAAGCAAAUAAGCAUGARGAAGAGCAGAGUUUAGACCAGAAAGAAUUACAUAUGGACAAAGAAACAAAGGAAACAGUUAAGGURGUGAAAGAUGAAGAAGAGAAUUAUGCACAAGAAAUAAGAGAUUCAAACACUAACAGGACAAAUCCUGGGGAGAUGCCAGCAAGUGUACAAACUCUAAAUGACACCAAAAACACCUCAAGUAGCACAGAAUCAUCUUUUGAUAUACUGACAUGUGACAAAGAGAUUGAACCUCACAGUUCAGAAGAAGACUUGGUAUCAGAAAGCCAACUGCUGGAAAACAUUGAAGCUGGAAAGAAAAAUCAGGAGUCAGAAAGCAGACGUGGUCAGUCAGGAGUACGCAGAAGAAAGCUACUAGAAGAAACACCAGAGAAGGACUAUGAAAUGAAUGUAGCUGUAGACAGUGGACACGACAGUGACCAAGAUUCAAAAGCAACCACCAUUGCUUCAGUAACUUCAGAAAUAAGAAUGGACAGUUCAGUAGCUGACUCAGAAUUUGAUGUUGAAACGUCCUUCUCUGAUGCCAUACAGAACUAUGUUCCAAAUAAUGAAGAAGGCUGGAUAAAUCAGAUACUUCUGUGCUUGAAUGAUCUCGAGAUCAGAGAAACAGUAAAAUUUGCACUGUCAGCAGUGAUGAGUAUCAUGAAAAAGGCUGUGGCUUCCCUGCCUGAAGAUAUGAGACCUGGCCCUGAUCUGUAUGGAUUCCCAUGGGAAAUAGUGAUUUGUGCUGGCAUUGUUGGAGCCUUGACAAUUCUGUUGUUCCUGUACAGAAGUUAUCAAUCAGUUAGAAGUCGACUUUAUGUAGGAAGGGAAAAACAGCUUGCCAAUAAAAUUGCUGAACUAGUUGAAGAAAAAUGCAAAAUUCUUGAAAAACUCAGCCUCUGCAAAAAAGAGUUUGAAGAUCUACAGCUGUCUCUGAAGGAYGGUAACAUUAUGAAAGAAUCAACAGACACAUCUUUUUUUGAGGAAAUGCAUGAAAAACUGAACAAGUCAAACUUGGAGCUCAACCAGGAAAUAGAGGAUCUAGAAAAAGAACUGGAAGAAGAAAAAUCUAAGCAGUCAGAAAAYGAUACCUUGGUGGCUGAAAUUCAGGAGAAAGUGGAAUCUUUAGAGAAUGAAGAAAAAUCUAUCCAGUCACAAAUUGAUGAGGCCAAGUCCACCCUAAAAGUAUAUCAAAUUAAUACUGAGAGACUCAAGACAUCUGUUCAAGAUGCAGUAGAUGAAAACAGCCAUCUCCAGGAAAGUGAGAAACAGCUUUUACAAGAAGCUGAAGGAUGGGGUGAACGAUUUAGUGAACUAAAUGAACAAACAAAGAUGUUUGAAUCAUCUAAAGCAGAUGUAGAAGAAGUUUUGAAAAAUAAAGAGAGCCAAAUCAAGUCACUGACACAGUAUAUCCUGAGCAUGAAAGACUGGAGUUCGGCCAUACGAGAAGAUGGUGAUGCUGAAGACAGUCACUGGGACACGGAUAUAAAGGGUGAAACAGAGAACGGAGAGCACUUAGAUGAUGAGCAAAAACGAACUGUAAAGAAAUUGAUCUAUGCUGCAAAGCUAAAUGCUUGUUUAAAGACUAUGGAAGCAGAAAGAGACCAAAUGUAUUCAAAACUGUCUGAUGAAAAUAAGGCUAAAGGAGAACUUACAGAACGCAUAGAAAGCCUUCAAAGUCAACAAGCUUCCUUGCAGUCUGAAAAUGAACACCUUGAAAGUGAAGUUCAAAAGCUUCAGCAGAAACUUAAAGUGAUGACUGAGCUUUAUCAAGAAAAUGAAAUGAAACUACACAGGAAGCUGACAGUAGAAGAGAGGGAACGUCUACAGAAGGAAGAAAAGCUUUCUAAAGUAGAUGAAAAAAUUAUUCAUGCUGCUGAAGAACUUAACAGCUACAGAGAGCGAGCAAAGGAUCUYGAAGAAGAGCUAGAAAGAACCAUUCGUUCUUAUGAGAAUCAGAUUACUUCACAUGAGAAAAAAGCUCACGAUAAUUGGCUGACAGCCCGAGCAGCUGAAAGACACCUCAAUGAUAUAAAGAAAGAAAAUGCACAUAACAGACAAAAAUUAACUGAAGCAGAAUUCAAACUUGAACUUUUAGAAAAAGACCCUUAUGCUCUUGAUAUUCCAAUGAGACCAUUUGGCAGAGAGCAUUCCCCAUAUGGACCCUCACCAAUGGGCCGGCCUUCAUCUGAAACAAGAGCUUUUCUUUCCCCUCCAACUUUAUUGGAGGGUCCUUUAAGGCUUUCACCUAUGCUUCCAGGUGGAGGAGGAGGAAGAGGAUCCAGAGGACCACCUGCCAUGUACGAAGCUGGCAGUGAAAGAGGAGAGCUGAAUUCUGAUAGAUUAACUGAUCCCCACAGACCACCAUCAGAUACUGGAUCCCUCUCUCCUCCUUGGGAACGAGAACGCAGGAUAAUUCUGCCUCCACCAGGUGAGCCUUAUGCUGAUCCAGUUCUUCCUCCUCGAAGACAAGAAAGAUUUUUCCCUAAUCCUCCGAAUACUGGAAGACUUUCUGGACCAGCAGAACUACGAACUUACAAUGUGCAGUCUUUUGAUAAAACAGAUGGACAGACAUCUUCAGAACAUAGUCCAGGAACAGAACCAAGUGGAGAUGGGAUGAAGGAUCAUUCUAACCUUAGUAACUCGCUCCCUGAUCAGUCACUGGCACCUGAAAGUGAAGCUGUCAGUUCAGGGUUUGCACCCCCACCUUUCCCUCCAGUCAGACCUCCGCUGCUGCCUGUGGAUCCUAGAGCACCACCAGUACCUUUCAUGAGACGAGGACCUCCUUUUCCUCCCCCUCCUCCUGCUGGCAUGUACGGGCCACGGGAAUGCUUUCCAGUGCGAGACUUCGGGCCUCCACACCCUCCAYUGCCAAUAAGAAAUCCAUUUCCAAUGAGACCUUAUCCUCACUAUCCACCUCAACGCCCUGGAUUUUUGCCUCCACCACCUCCUCCUGAAAAUAGAGUUGAACCACCUCAGUCAAAUCCAUCAGCUGUAGAACAACCAGAACCACAGCAGGAGACUUGACAGUCAUUAUGGGAAUGUCCUGAACCAGUUCUAUGCUCUCCUACUGGCAUUUUUCCUUAUGUUAAGUAACCAUUGUUACUUAGGUCUAUACAAACUACUUUGCUCAAAUUGAAGCUUAAUAGAGAAUUCUCAGGAUAGUGUUUUGUAAAUAAAGAAUUAAAUAACUAUGAAUAUUGUGAAUAAGUGAUUUCCACUGUAUAAUAGUCAUUUUAAAUUAAGUAUUUCUAACUUGAGUAAUCUCUUCAGAGAUGUACAAAAUUAAAUCAAGUGAACCUUAUUGUAAAAGUCCAGCUGCUUUGUCCUGGUUUAGCUGUACAGGGAGCUUUCUGCAUGCCAAAAGUGAUGCUUGUUGCAUUAUGAAUAGGAUAUGAAAACAAAUGGAAACAGUUAAUAAAAACCUAUAAAAAAUGGAAGCAAUGUCACUGGUACCAUGGUAUAAUAGGAGGUGAAGAUGAAUAACCAUGAUCCUCCACUCGAGUCUCCUCUGUCAGUGACCUCAUAAGUGAUCUUGCAGCUUUCGAGUUCUGCCACGACACUGAGGGGGAAGGAGCAGCAGAAAAGCUGAGCAGCUCUCCCAUCCCUCUUCAAAAGCUGGAGUGGAGUAGUGCUCAUUGAAGAUGUGUACAGGGUAUUUUUCUGACCUGGGAGGAAGGAGUCAGAGCUAGGAGAUGCUCCAGCCCAGCCCAGCCCUUGCCUUUGAAGACUUAUGUCUGCAGCAAACUAAUAGGAGGGGUGUUUUUUAACUGUUCAACAUGAAUUCAGUUUAUUAGGCUUCAGAUUUUAACACCAGCAUUUGGAAAAUGCUGGCCAGGACAAAAGCAGAAUUUAAAAGUACAAGAAGAAAGUGGAAAACUUGCAGCAGCAGUAGGUUUGUGUCUGUAAGAGCRUUUGGUGUGUUACCUCACUCACCUCUUCAGGCAAGGUUCCCAUGUGCUGCUUCCCUGGCAGGAAUGGCUGUCCCAACAGGCACAGUGCAUGCACCUGCAGCCAGGGCAUGGGCUGGCCUGUGCCAGGCUGGAUCUGGAUAGACAAGCUCCACUUCUACUGACAACUGUAUAAUCUGAAGACUUCUGCAAGGAGCUGGUGGCUGUUCUGAUAGUUAGGCUUCARUCUGAAAACCAUGCAAGGACUCAGCGCAGUCAUUUGGUAAGGGACAGGCGAAGAUAAAUAAAGAAGCAAAGUGGUUUUAGCAAGCCCCGACUCACAGCAGCAGUUCAACCACCAGUCCCCAUUCUCUGCAUGCACACACACAACUCAGUUUCAGGCUUUCAUGUAAAUGCAGCUACCACACCCCAUAAUUAGAAGUUACCAAAAAAACCUCCAGCCCACUUUUUUUUUUUUUUUUGUAAUUGCUUAGCUUGAGUUUGCCAAGGGAGCAUUUUCUCUUGGAGCUCAGUAUUCCUGCUCCUACCAUUAUUCCCACAUUGACUCCUUUCAGCUGUAGAACUCUUCCACGGCUCAUUCCUGUAACUUAUCUUUUCUGCUUCUAGUUUAGCCCUCAAAGCAUUUAGAUAAGCCAUUGUACUCCAGCAAUUCAAUGACAGAUUCUGGCAACAGACAUUUUAAAGCAUCAUCCAUGUUAAAUUAACUAUGUCRUAUAAUAUGGCUGUUGCAUCACUUUUAGCCAAUUAGUUGUUGCUGUGAGUUUGCCUGAGAGACUUCACUAGGAUUCUCAAUGGAAUGACUGGGUUUUGCCCUUACCCUUGUCAUCAGCCCUAGGAACAACCAGAACUGCCAAAUAUAACCCUGUCCCUGCACAGAGAAUUGGGAUAGCACAGAAAUCCUGGGCUGACAACACUGCCAUAAACCUUUUUCAUUCCUUGCCCAACUCACCUCAGAGACUGCAAAAACUAUUUACAAAUGUAUUUUAGAUUUUCUGAGCAACCACAGUAUUUUCUCUUUGUGGGUUAAAUAUUUGUUCUAAGUUAAUGCUGAAAAAUUCCUCCCUCACCAAGAGUCUGUGCCCACAAUCAUACUGGAAAUACAAAGAAACAAAAGUAAAAUUCCUCUUGGGAUUAUACAAGUUCAAAAUAACAUCACAUAGUUUGUAAGGUCCCACUCCAAAUGCAAGUGAAUCUUAAUUUCCUAAAGAUUAGAGAUUGCUUCUGCUUGACUCCCUUCAUCGUGAUAUCGUUAAUACAGAUUACUGCUGAAAAUACAGGCAGAAAACAAACCCCAUUGUUCCUAAGACAGGAGAACACUGAGGGAUGCAUUUCUCCAACACUGUUUUCACCACACACUCCUGCUUUACUGGACUCCCUGUAACUGCCAAGAUAGAAAGAUUCGAGCCCUCUGUUUUAAGUACAUUGACUUCUUCCCUGAACACAAGCCAAACCCAGUGAAUAGACUUCAAACCCAGUGAGUAUGAAAAAAAUCAGACCUGAAGCACUAAAAAGGGACAGCCAUUGAUAAGAGCCAGCUCUGGCAGCAACUGCACUGAAUGAAAGGGCUGCCCAUCUCUACGUAGUAGAGUGGGCUGCUUCUCCUGCUCCUCAUCUUUCCAAGAUUAAAUUAAUUAAAGCAGAAAGCAGGUCAGACCAAACAGACUAGAAACACUUUCAUAUAACAGAAAGGCAAACACGUUACUUCCCAAUUCUGUUUAGUAAGGCAGUUACCCAUAAAAUGCAGGAACUUGCAGAGAGAACAUUACCAUUCUGCAACUGUUUAAACCAGAGGAUGCAGAAUUUGCUUCAUUUGUUUCCGGCUUUUUCUGUGACUUCCUGACAUCUUGAGCCCUUCAUGACCAAACUUCAGGUUCAGAUGCUGAAAAGCAUUCAUCAUCAGAUUUAACUGCUACAUAAACCUCCUCUUGAGGCYGAACCCUGAAAGGCACCAAGACAAGUCCCAGUAUUUCAGUUUACUGGAACAUGAAAAACUAAUUUGAUUUACCUUAUCUUUGUUACCCACGGUAUCUCUUCAGUGUGUUGGCAAAUGACAUUGCUUACUAAAUGUGGAAGCUCUAGGAAACUGCUUGAAGAACAAGCAGUGCAAUUCUCCUGCCUGGCAGCAGUUUGGGCUAUGGUAACAUGAAGAUGAGCAGCUCGAAUGAAGUCCGUGCUUAGCACGCACACACUGACCAGCCACUCUGACAAGCCUCACAGCACAGUCAGCCACUGAAGGGCAGCUCCUCGACAGCUGACCAGACAUCKGCAGUUUUCAUUCAGAAGGCACAGCUGUGUACUCUGAGUACAGAUAAAACGUCAAACUGAAGCAUUGCAGGUAUUCAUAAUCUAUUUAAUAGUGGGACACCAAAGAAGUACUACACAUUUUUUUGAGCACAUUAGGUUUUGAUUUAAGCAAUUGCAAUUGAUGCAGUAAUUUUUCAAAAAUAGUYUUCUAUAUUCUACAAUCCACAGUUUACUGUAUCAGUCUAAUAGGUCAUAUAAUGAAAUACUGUUUGUGCUAACUGGUCUGAUCUUUAGCAAAGCAUUGUUUCCAUUCCUCCACCACCCCAAAAAUGUUGACAAAAUUCAGCCAAAUUAAAAAAAAAAAAAAAUCCGUGUGACUUAUUUUAGAUUUUUCUGCUGACCUAAACACAAUGGGAGCUACUA